AUGAAAGAAGAACACGCUCAAGACAACAACUCUUCAACAGAGGAGACCUCUAACUCCGAUGAGAAGAGGAGCCUUGAACAAAAGACUUCAUCAGAUACAUCAACUAGUUCAUCAGGCAAUGAUACUACGAAAACAGAUUCAAAAAGAGCUAUUUCUAAUGGCACCGAUCAACAAGAACAGUCCGAUUUGGUCAAUAGAAUUUUGAGUUUGUUGAUAAUGGUUUCAGUAGUGGUUGUCGCCUUUUGGUUGAGAUCUCAAAAUAAGAAGGAUGUGGUGGAGAAGAAAUUAAGUAUGGUGGUAGUUCCCGAGUUGUUUGUAACCGGAUCUGAAGGAAGCCAACGACGAGAUAAUAUUGAUUCUCUUGUUGUGCUGAAUCAUCAGUGGCUUAUUACUACCGCAAAGGCUACAAAUUCAUUGUUUGUUUUCGAUGCAAAGACUGGUGAAUAUUUAUUUACGAAACACCUUAAAACUGGAGAUUAUGAGGCAAAUAGACCAAAUGGCAUUACCCUUCACAAGAUAUUCAACAAGGAUUAUUUAUUUGUUACAGAACGAGAUGGAAAGAGAGUAUGCAUUGUCGAUAUUGAAAACGACUUUAAGAUACUAUAUUCAUUUGGAAGUGAAAUUCUUCAACGACCAUACGCUUUGGAUAUUGUAAAAACAGAAAAGAGUCUAGGCCCAAAUACUGAACAUUAUCAUGUAUUUGUGACAGACAAUUAUAUGUUGCAAGAUGAGAGGGGAAAACACAAAAUAGUGCCUCCACAGCAUUUACUAGACAAAAGAGUUCAAUUAUUUGAAGUCGCAGUGACCAAAAAAGAAGCUACACAAAUAACGUUUGAGGCAUCUUACUCCAAAAAGAUUGGAAGCAUUACGGAAGAUGUUGGACCUUCUUCUGGUACUCUGAAUAUUGUAGAAACCAUUGUGAUCGAUGAGGCAUACAACAGACUGCUUAUCGCUGAUGAGCAUGAACUGAAUGUCAAGAUUUAUAAUUUCAAAUCACAUGACUUCUCUGGAGAGACAUUGGGAAUGACAUCCACUCCUGCACCUUCAGACAAAACUAAAUGCCCAAAGAGCUUCUUUUUUGAGGGAGAGCCUGAGGGAUUUGUCAUCUUUUCAUGCCAAACUUCACAUCCAGCAAGAAAUGUGAAAACAGGCUUUUACAUUUUUACAGACCAAUUAGAUAAGAGAACCAAAUUCCAUAUUGUAAGAAGAGACAAUUUAUGCUAUGUUGCAUCGUUCAUGGGCAAUGUUGUCUCUAAAACAGAUGGUGUUACAAUAGAUGAAACUCUAGGAAUUUUCUAUGCUGUACAUAACGACAGUGUUAUUGGAACUUUCAAGCUGGAUGAUAUUGUACAAAAUGUGAUCAAGAAAAAUUUGGACUCUUCUGCAUUCAAAAAGAUUUGUCCUCUCUAG